AUGGCGGUGAAGAAACACGAAGUACUUCAUGAGACCUGCAGCAAGCAAGCUCUGCACGCCUUAGCGCAGUAUAUCGACAUGAUGAAUGAACAGCCGAACUAUAUGCCCCCGAUACAGGAGCUCGUGAAGAACUGUCAGGAUAUUGUGAAAUGCUUAGCUUCCACUUCGGGCCAAGAAGAUCAGCUCUGGGAUUUGCUAACGACUGUGGAGGAGUUUCUGGUGCGCAUUAUUUCCACCGUCGACAGCGCUCUGCGUCACGAGAUUGUGACAGCCAUCCUUGAUAAGUUCUACUCCCUAAUUUCGGAUCCAGAGUCCAGAGCGUGCCCUGCAAUGUCGGUGGCGCUGAUUGUGCUCGAUGGGAUGGAUGAGGAGGCAUCACUCUCCGCCGCCCGCUGGCUGGUGCAACGUGGUGAAAAUGGGCCGAACGGAGCUGGACUCCGUGCCUCGCUCGCCUGCCUCUAUCGCUGGAUUCACGAGUGGAACAGCACACCCGCUUUAGGCGACUGGCUACUUGCCUACAUCAAAGCUUUGGAGGAGAAUGAGCACUUUGACAUUUUGAUCGAGGUGAGCGUCGAGAAUUUGUGCAGUCUGGUAAUGAUGCUAAACGAUCCGACGAGCGUACGGCAACCUGUUGCCGAUACUAUCUUCCAUAUAUUGGCAUCGCUGCGCGAGUCCAGUGGCGCCUUCGAGAAGGUCGCCCAACACGUGACUUGUUUGCUGGUGGUCUUGGCAACUGACAGUGGCCAAUGGAGUCGGCAGCUGUUGCAGAACGUCGUGGACAUAUCCACUGCUAUGAUUCGCUAUAUGAUGAGCAUCCUCAAUGGAGUUGCACUCGAUAAGUUCAAGGAUAAAUAUUCCUUUGUGAUUGGAUGCUUGGAACGCCACAUGUCAUCCAGCUCCCGUUUCCUGCAACUUCCGCCGUGGAAAGCUCGCAACGUGACGUUGCCUAACCCGAAUUGUCAUGUUCCAUUGCGUAAGGUCGGACUUUUGAAUCUGGGCAACACUUGCUACAUGAACAGCGUGAUGCAAGCUCUGCUCGCGACCAAGGUGUUCAGCUCCCACGUGGUCCUCCGCAUGACCGCCGUACCCUACUGGGCUAAGCUGGGGGCGCUGUUCGCCAAGAUGAUGCAUUCCAUUUCCACUAAAUUGAAUCCGGAAGAGUUUUUCAAGGUCGUGAGGUCCCCGUUCUUUACCAAGGACAACCAGCACGACAGUUCCGAGUUCCUCGGGUAUCUGUUCGUGCUGCUGCAGUCGUACGAGCAUAGGUCGGACCGCCACUUCGACUACUCGCGGCCCGCCGUCCUCGCCAGCCGCCCUCGUCAGACCCCCAACGUCUACUACCAGGCGGGGGCAUCCGUCAGUGACAACGAGCGCUGUGAAUCGAGUUACAGCUUUCGCUCUACCUCACCACGACCCGGGACGAGCGGCGUCAAGCGCACCCUUCCCGAGCAGGACGUGUGCCCGCCGCCUAAGAAGCGUAUGCGCAUCCACGAGUCGAUGUUCCUCCGGCGCGACUCGUUCAUCGACACAGUGUUCGGGGGCGUGUUGCUCACGCGCGUCGAGUGCACCGUGUGCCACUCGUCCUCGCUCUCGCGCGACAUCUUCCGCGACCUGCAGCUCGCCUUCCCCGAGAAGCCCGCCGGCUGGAAGCACAGCGUGCAGGAUCUGCUCGAGUUCUACUUCUCCAAGGAGACCCUCACCGGCGACAACCGCUACGCGUGCGUCGACUGUGGCGCCCUCCGCGACGCCGAGCGCAGCGUCACCAUCGAGAACCCGCCCAGAUACCUCGUGCUCGUUUUGAAGAACUUCAAAUUCGAACCCAAGCUCCAGGUGCAGACGAAAUUGAUGCUUACCAUGUUUUACAAUGACACGGUGACCCUGCCCACCCGCUCGCGAACGGACCGCUCCGCCUAUACUGUGUACGCUGCCAUCAUACACGAGGGUACCACCCUGGACUCGGGCCACUACUAUACUCUGGCGAAGGACAACAACCAAUGGUUUUCGUACAACGAUGAAGUGGUCACCCCCGCCGAACCGGACCACCUGCACACCCUCAAGCGCUCCAGCACCCCCUACGUGCUAUUCUACCGCCGCACCGACGUCGAAGAGGGCACCGUUCCGUCUCUGGGGCAGUUGCCGCCAAAGUUCCAGGAGAAGGUGAUUGCCCACAACAAGCACUACAUUGAGAGCGUUCGCAAGAUGAAGAUGUCCCGCCCA